AUGGGUGGGAGGCUGCGCAUCCGCCCGUACGCGCUGAAGCUCUUCGCGAGCAACAAGUACGUCUACGCGCAGGUCCUCCGAAAGGCGGACGGCCACAUCGUCGCAUCGUCGUCGACCAUCGAGAAGGCGGUGCGGGACGACCUCAAGGCGAAGGGGCAGUCCACGUCCAACAAGGACGCCGCAGGACUGGUGGGGGCGCAGUUGGCGGAGCGCGCGAAGCAGGCGGGGGUCCGGGGCAUUGAGUGGAACAACAAGGCGGAGCACCAGAGGUACCACGGACGGUUUAGAGCGGUGGUCGACGCCAUGACCGCGAACGGUCUCCCUCUAGUGUGA